GGCAGCAAGCUCGUCGUAGUAGACUUCACCGCAAGCUGGUGUGGACCUUGCAAGAUGAUCAAACCCUACUUUGAUGAGCUAGCUCGCAAACACACGGGGUCUGUCUUCCUCAAAGUCGACGUCGACGCGAAUCGCGCAACAGCUCAAGCAUACUCGGUGUCAGCUAUGCCAACUUUCCUCUUCCUCAAGAAUAGCUCUGUCAUUGAUACGCUCAGAGGCGCCGACAAGAAUCGCCUUUCCUCUAAGGUCGAGCAGUACUCGUCG